UGGAUCGCUUACAUCAUGUUUUUAAUCUGUAAGCCCCGUUUUGCGCUCAACAGAACACCUGAUCGCACUCGGUUGAACUACCACACCACCCUUUUGUCGGACAGUCGGAAUGCAACAUAAGAAGCUCCGAUCUACGUUCUUGCUAGUCCUGUGCAGCGCAUAACUAUUUAAGCAGCAAAACGCCGCUCGCCAGCGUCACUACCAGUAGCGACAAAGCGAUGGCCAGCAGGGCGAAUACGCCAAGCGAGAAGGCGGACGCGUGUUACAAGCAGCAUUCAGUGCCACACACGCAAACCUCGUCAUGGCGGUAUCCUGUCAACCCGAGCUGGCUUGCACGCCUGUUCUUCAUCGAUGUUGAUGGUCUCCUCCGUCUGGGCUACUCCACGAAGCUGGAGCCAGAGCAUAUGUCGGAAGAUCCAGCCGUCAAAACGGCGAAGCUUGUAGAGGUCCUGGAACACGCCUGGGAGGAUCAGCUGAAGGAGGCCAAACCGGACCUGAAGCGGGCGUUAAUCCGCGGCAAUGUCGGCUACCUCGCUGUUACUGGCGUUCUGUACGCCGUUGCCCAGGCCUGCUCUCUUGCCGGGCCAUUGCUUCUUCGACGCAUUGUUCUGGGACUUCAAUGCCUGGCAUCUCAGCAAAAAGACUCGGUGACUACUGAUGGCUGCGAACCGAGCAGCCACCUCUACUAUUAUGUCUUCGGCCUUAUUUUGGCCCCAGCCAUUCAGUCUCUUUGCGAGAACCAGCAAAACUACCUGCUGUACCUCACUGGUACUCGCAUGCGCAACGCGCUAAUGGCUGCCAUCUACCGCAAGUGCUUGCGGCUCAGCAACAAAGCGCUGCAGGCGGAGAGUGUGGGCAAGGUAGUAACCCUGAUGAGCAACGACGCGCAAAAGCUGCAGGACGCGCACUUUGCCAUCCACGCCGUGUGGGGCAGCCCGCUCUACAUCAUUGCGGUGCUGGUGCUGCUGUGGUUCGAAGUCGGCUGGGCGACCUUCGUAGGGCUUGGGGUGAUGCUGCUGAUGGUGCCGCUGGGAGGCCUCAUCGCUUCCAAGCUUGGUGGACAGCGGCGGCAGCUGAUGCAGUGGACUGACAAGCGUGUCAGCCGCAUGAACGAACUGAUCAGCGGCAUGCAGAUGAUCAAAUUUUACGCAUGGGAGGAGUCCUUCCGAGCCGCUGUUGCGGAGUGCCGCGGUCAGGAGGCCAAGAUCCUGCGUCGUGCGGCCGUCCUGCAGGGCAUCUUCUACCUCCUGCUCUUCUACGGCCCGGUAGCAGUGGCGCUGUUUACGUUCGGGGCCUUUGCGCUAGCUGGCCAGCCGCUCAGCCCCGCAAAAGCCUACACCGCACUGUCCCUCUUCUCGCUGCUGCGGUUUCCGCUGUCCUUCCUGCCAAUGGUGGUAAACAUGCUGGUAAAUGCCCUCAUCGCCACGCGGCGCAUCGGGGCUUUCCUGCAGCGUGAUGAAGCGGCACUGCACCCGUGGGACCCUGUCAAGACUCCCGCUGGCUACGUCUGCAUUCACGACGGGACCUUCUCCUGGGACACCGACACCGCCAAUACCAGCAGCAGCAGCAGCACCACCACCACGACCACCACCGCCGCCGCCGAUAACAGCAACAGCGGCAGCUGCGCCGCCGAACAGCAGCCCACCCUGGAGUCCAUUCAGCUGGGUCCGGUGACCCGUGGGUCGCUGACGAUGAUCGUGGGCGGCGUGGGCUCCGGCAAGAGCUCGCUGCUGGCAGCGCUGAUAGGACAGAUUGAGAAGCUCAGUGGCGAGGUGGAGGUGUGCGGGCGCAUCGCUUAUGUGGCGCAGUCCGCUUGGAUUAUCAAUGAUACCCUCCAGGAAAACGUGCUGAUGGGCGCUCCGCUGGACCCCGCCCGCUACCGUGCAGCUCUGGAUGCCUCCCAGCUGGGCCCCGACCUGGCGCUGCUGCCCGCGGGGGACCUCACGGAGAUUGGCGACCGCGGAGUGACACUCAGCGGGGGACAGAAGCAGCGGGUAUCCAUUGCCCGGGCCAUCUACGCCGACGCCGAUGUGUACCUGCUGGACGACCCCCUCAGCGCACUGGACAGCCACGUGGGCCGCGCGCUGUUCGAGCGGGUCAUUCGUGGCAUGCUGAGGGACCGUACGGUGCUGCUGGUCACCAACGCGCUGCAGUACCUGCCGUAUGCGGACUGCAUCAUGUGGCUGGAGGGCGGGCGGGUGCGCGCGGCGGGCAGCUACACGCAGCUGCUGGAAGCAGGUCUCAACAUCGCGGACAUCUGCCAGGACGAGGAGGUCGCUCUGCUGCAACAACAGCAGCAGCAGCAGCCACAGCAGCAGCAGCAUGACGUCCAAGGGGGAAAGAACCUACCGCAGCACGAGCAGCCGCAGCAGCAGCUGCCGCGGCGGGAGAGCCUUCUGUGCGUGGAAGCGGCAGGGAUCACCCUGGAAGACUUGGAUGACGCCACGGACAGUGGAACAGAGCAGCAGGACCGGGGAAGCGGCAACACCUUCACGGCGCAAGGCACGCUCACCGAUGGUAGCGGAAGUUCGGUCAGCAAGGAGUAUUCGCCGGCCCUUUCGUCCGUGUUGGGCCCAUACAAGCAGCCGGCCGUGCUUCGAGGCGGCGGCGGCGGCGGCGGCGGCGGCGGCGGUGGUGGAGGUUGCCGUCCUUGCAGUGAGGGUGGUGGUGCCAAAACUGCUGCGUAUAAGGACGACACUGUUGAGAUCAUCAGUGAUGACAGCAGCAAGGUAGUGAUCCUGCUGGACGGGGAUGGCGAUGGCGGUGGGAAAGGCGGUGGGCGGGCCGCCGCUAUCACGCUGGCGCGUGAUGCACCGCCCGGAGCGCACCGCAACUUGACGGGGGUGGAGGCUCGCGAGUCGGGAGGCAUCAGCGGACGAGUGGUCGGCACGUACUUCAAGGCUGGCGGUGGCUGGCCGUACUUCGCUCCGGUGCUGCUGCUGUUUGGCCUGGAGCAGGCCGCUCGCGUGCUCGCCGACACCUGGGUGGGUAAGUGGUUCGGAGACAAGUACGAGAAGCCCACCGGCUUCUAUCUGGGCAUCUACUUCAUGCUGGGCCUGAGCUACGGCCUGCUGACGCUGGCACGCGGCACUGCGGUGCUGUUCUUCUGCGUGCGGGCCGGGCUCGCCGUACACAACGCGCUGUUGGACCGUGUGCUUGCGCUGCCCAAGUCAUUCUUCGAUACCAACCCAGCGGGUCGCAUCCUCAACCGCUUCUCCCGCGACACGGACAUCAUGGACUCCACGCUGCCCUCCUCGCUGGCGCAGUGCGGCAGCAGCGCCGCCACCUUCCUGGCCAUCCUUGCCGUCAUCACUGCCACCACCCACUGGUUCGGAGUGGCGCUGGCACCGCUGGCCCUUGCGUACGUCACCAUCCAGCGAUACUACAUCCCAACCGCCCGGGAGUUGCAGCGUAUCGAGGCCAUCUCGCGCUCCCCCAUCUUCUCCCGUUUCGCCGAGACGCUGGCGGGUGUGGCCACGCUGCGUGCCUACCGCUUGGAGCCGUACUUCACGGCAGCUAGCGACGCGCUGAUGGAGCGUAAUGCGCACGCAUUUAUUACUCAAAAGCUGGCUGCGGCCUGGCUGGCGUGCAGGCUGGAUGCGCUGGGGUUGGUGGUGCUGGCGUUGUGCGGUUCCCUGUGCAUCCAGGGCCGCAUCGACCCCUCCCUGGCCGGUCUAGCGCUGGUGUACGCGCUAGACCUCACUCGCUUCCUGAAGCACGGAACCUACAUGGCAGCCAAGUGUGAGGCGGACUUCAAUUCCGUGGAGCGGAUUGUGCAGUACCUCACUCCCGAGACCGAGGCUCGCCCGGACACACCUGCCGAGGUGCUUGCCGCCCUGCCGCCCGACUGGCCCUCCGCGGGCGCGAUCAGCGUGGAGGCUCUGAGUGUGCGCUACCGACCUGAAACCCCGCUCGUGCUGCAGGAGGUCAGCUUCGUGGUGGAGGCGGGGGAGAAGGUGGGUAUUGUCGGGCGCACUGGCAGCGGCAAGAGCAGCCUGCUGCUGGCGCUGUUCCGGCUGGUGGAGGCGGAGGCGGGGGUCAUCAGGAUUGACGGGGUGGACAUCGCCCGACUGGGGCUGCGGCACCUGAGGUCCAAGAUGAGCAUCAUUCCGCAGGACCCCUUCAUGUUCAGCGGAACUGUACGGCACAACCUGGAUCCCUUUUCACAAGCCACGGAUGAGGAGCUGUGGCAGGCUCUAGAUGCGGUUGGACUCCGUGACACCGUAUCCUCACUAGAGGGCAAGCUGGGGGCUUCUGUGGCCGACGGCGGCGCCAACUUCUCCUUGGGUCAGCGCCAGCUCGUGUGCCUGGCGCGAGCCAUGCUGAGGAAGUCCCGCAUCCUCAUGCUCGACGAGGCCACGGCCAGUGUAGACCCCGACACGGACGCGCACAUCCAGGGAGCGCUGCGGCGGCACUACUACGGAGGCGGAGGAGGGAGCGGGAGCGGGGGCGUCACCUGCCUGGCCAUAGCGCAC